AUGGCCAAAGCCGCACGAUGGGGCUUCAAUGUCAUCCUGAUGGACAUGACAAAGAAGUGGCUCACACUACAUGUCGCUCUUCAAGGUGAUGACUGGCCAAAAGAAGCGGGGCGGGGGAGAAAUUGCUCGUUGUCUGAUACUCAUUGCGACUCAAUUCACAUUCCUCCUGUUACACAUCUGCCACUCAAUUCAUCAUCCUCAACAACUGCUGGUGACAUCCUGUCCAAAUUACCUGCUGUCCGCCACAGAGCACAAUCACACAGCAAGGACUCUGGUUAUUCUGAUUCAUCCCGCCCUACUAAACGAGCUCGUCAUUCUACAAUACAUGCACGCAGUGGACCGCCAGGCGAGUCACCUGAGCCUGGGUCCGAUCGACCUCAUGUUGCAAACAACAAUCGUAAUUGUGGUGCUGAUGACGACUGUAAUCGGGGUGCUAGGAGGUUGUGGUUACAAUUGCGGUGUGCUCAGGCUGCUGCACCUGGUCAGGAUCCUCUGCACCUUGAUGAUGGGGGGGAGGAGGAAGAGGAGGAUGAGGAGGAGGAUGAGGAGGAUGAGGAGGAGGAAGAGGAGGAGGAGGAGGCAGCGGCAGUGGAUGAGAUGGAGAAUGAGGCAGAGAUGGAAGGUGAUGUAUGCAAUGUGACAAGAGCAAAUACCAGGCGAGGUUCAUGGCAUCAACAUCGCUACAAUGACCCCAAGAUCACAUGUAGUGAUGAAGCUGCUAUGAUCAUUGCAGAAUUUGCAUCCGCUUACUGCAAUUCGACCGUCCACAGUCCCCUGAGCGGGCUCCAGGAUAUUGCAAAUCAUGUACAGACUCCAUGCAUGGAGGACAAGUCACUGAUUUCUGUUGUAGUCCAAUGUCGAGGAAUCGCAAGUAAGGACAUUCAUGCCAACUUCCUCGUCAUGAUCAACUAUAUGAUGCUCGUCUAUUGGCACGCUAUUGGCAGAAAAUUUAUUGCUCUCGCCAGUGGCGGUUCCAUUUACAUACUGGUGCUCAUCUCCAGCUUAGGGCUCAGGGUCUCUGUUGCUUCCAUGCUAACUUCCUGUAAUCGCCUCCUAAAGUUCUUUGACGCCAUAAUUCAAAAUGUGUUUGUACCACUCUCAAGAAACGCAUGUGUUUGGAGGCCAUGCAUUGUGCCUGUACCCAACAAAUCCAACAGAGUUCCUGUACAGAGCUUGAAUUACGAUGUAUUCUACGGUUCCAGUCAUCCUUAUAGCCCACCACUUUCAGAUGUUGAAGAAGAUGAGACGCACCAUAUUGUCAUCAAGACCUUGUACGAUCUGUUUGCAUUGAAGAACAAGAGCUUCAAGGCACCAAGAAACAAGGCAGACAAUGAGAUCUGGAGUGCUGAUGAAAGGUUUUUGUGGGCAAAGCUUGUGAAUCUGUAUCCCAAAGGUGUUAAGAGAUCGCAGGACACAUACUUAAGAAUCCCUAUGGAGAUCAUACCCAAGCCUGGGUUGCUGGAAGAGGCAGACGCACAAUCGCCUGGGUGUAACCACUUUCAGGCGAUGCACUUGUCUUGGUAUAAUAGGCAUUGUACCUUGGGUAAUGAAGCCCCGAAGGAAGUUCAACCGUGGCUUCUAGAAAAAGAAGGCAUGCGUACUAACUAA